UAGUGCUGCUGGAACCUUUGUUUUCUCGCUUUCGGAGCCGGCUAGUGUGGGGACCAGUUCGGAAGGGGCUACCGGGAACGGACGGAGUGGCGGGGCGGAGCGGUGUUUGCAAUGGCUGCUACUGUGAACUUGGAACUUGAUCCCAUUUUUUUGAAAGCACUAGGUUUCUUACAUUCAAAAAGUAAAGAUUCUGCUGAGAAGCUAAAAGCACUGCUUGAUGAAUCUUUGGCUCGGGGCGUUGAUUCCAGUUACCGUCCAUCUCAAAAGGAUGCGGAGCCACCCAAAAUUUCAAGUACAAAAACUAUUUCCAUUAAGCAAGAGCCCAAAACGUCAUCCAGUGUUCCUUCUGGCAAUAAUAAUGGCAAGGUCCUCACAAAUGAAAAGGUGAAGAAGGAAGCUGAAAAGAGACCUGCUGAUAAAAUGAAAUCAGACAUCACUGAAGGAGGUGAUAUUCCAAAGAAACCUAGAUUGGAGAAACCAGAAACACGGUCCUCUCCCAUUACUGUCCAAACCAGCAAGGAUUUAGCAAUGGCUGAUCUUUCCAGUUUUGAGGAAACCAGUGCUGAUGAUUUUGCUAUGGAGAUGGGAUUGGCCUGUGUUGUUUGUAGACAAAUGACGGUAGCAUCUGGUAAUCAAUUAGUAGAAUGUCAAGAGUGCCAUAAUCUCUACCACCAAGAUUGCCAUAAACCCCAGGUGACAGACAAGGAAGUGAAUGACCCUCGCCUGGUGUGGUAUUGUGCCCGAUGUACCAGACAAAUGAAAAGAAUGGCUCAAAAAACUCAGAAACCACCACAGAAACCAGCCCCUGCAGUUGUUUCUGUAGCUCCAACUGUCAAAGAUCCGUUGGUUAAGAAACCAGAAACUAAACUCAAACAAGAGACAGCUUUUCUAGCGUUCAAGAGAGCAGAAGUCAAGACAUCCACGGUUAUUUCAGGAAAUUCUUCUAGUACCAGUGUUUCCUCUUCAGUAACUAGUGGCCUAACUGGAUGGGCAGCUUUUGCAGCCAAAACUUCUUCUGCUGGUCCCUCAACAGCAAAGUUGAAUUCAACAACACAAAAUAAUAGUGGGAAACCUGCUACCUCAUCAGCUAACCAGAAGCCUGUGGGUUUGCCUGGUUUGGCAACAUCAUCCAAAGGUGGAAUGGGUUCCAAAGUAGGUUCCAGUAACAGCACUACGCCCACUGUACCAUUGAAACCACCUCCACCUCUAACGUUGGGCAAAACUGGCCUUAGUCGCUCAGUUAGUUGUGACAACGUCAGCAAAGUAGGUCUUCCUAGUCCAGGUAGUUUAGUUCCAGGAAGCAGCAGCCAACUAAGUGGGAAUGGAAGUAGUGGGACAUCAGGGCCUAGUGGAAGUACCACUAACAAAACUGCUUCAGAAUCGAGCAGCUCUCCUGCAGCAUCCCUUAAAGGUCCAACUUCACAAGAGUCACAGCUCAAUGCUAUGAAGCGAUUGCAGAUGGUCAAGAAGAAAGCUGCUCAGAAGAAACUCAAGAAGUAAUGUGGCCAAGUAGGUUUUUAUAUCACAUUUCCCUAAAGAUGGAAAGCUUAUUAUUAGAACAUAAACUGUAAUAUACUAUAAUUUAAUAAAAAUUUUCAUAAUCAAA